GAGUAGUUUGGUUUGGCGCCGGCUUUCGGGAGAGCGCGUUUUAACAAAAGUUUUACUUACCGUAAUAAAUAAUCGUGUUUGAUAAACUUUUUAGAAGGAAAAAAAUUUUUUUUAGUGUUUACCUGCGUCCCUUUAAUAAAUUUCAAAAUGAAGGAAAAGUAUUAGCUCCGAAGAAUUUAAUUUAACGCGAAAUUGCGAACGCGAAUUCCGAGAAGUGAUGUCGAAGUUUUGUUUUUAAAUUCCAUGCAGUUUUUGCCGCCACUUUUUGCGAGGAAGGUUCUUUACAGUGUCGAGACAGUGCUCCAGUCUGAUUUCAAGGCGUCUGUCCAGUAAACAAUGCGCGAGAGUCUGCGCCGGCUCGCGUCGGAGGAGGAUUGCGAGCGCGGCGCUAGCGCAGGCGGCAUGCGUCGCGUGCGAGUGGAACUGCUCGACGGGGAGUUCAUCAACGUGGACCUUCACAGAAAGGCCAAAGGUUCUGACCUAUUGGAUAAGGUUUGCCAGUCCUUAGAUCUGGUGGAGGGCGACUACUUCGGGCUGCUGCAUCAGCAACGCGGUGACCCUCGCGUCUGGGUGGACCUCAACAGGCGGCUGUCAAAGACCUUCCGAAAUGAACCUUGGGACGUGCGACUGGCUGUCAAGUUUUACCCGCCAGAACCUUCAGAGCUGCAGGAUGAUGGUACACGCUACCAGCUCAGCCUGGCCGUCAGGAGGGACCUGAUGGAAGGUCGCCUCCGCUGCUCGGACAUAACGUACGCGGUGCUCGCGUCCUACAUCGCGCAAGCAGAACUCGGCGACCUCACAACUACCCCCCUCACUGCCGCCACACUCACAGACCUGCGUGCUGCCCCCCCUCGAGUGCUUACUGCGGCACUGUGUGAAGACAUCGAUCAGCUGUACCGACGCCACCAAGGUCAAACCCCUGCACAAGCAGAGCUGAAUUACCUGGAGAACGCCAAAAAGAUACCCUUGUACGGUGCUGAACUGCACUGCGCGAAGGAUUCCGAAGAUGUGGAUAUAGUUCUGGCCGUCUGCGCUAACGGCAUCUCUGUCUACCGAGACGGAGUGCAAAUGAACCGCUUCCCAUGGGCGAAGAUCACUAAGAUCUCGUACAACAAGCGGCUGUACACUCUCAAGCUGCGGCCGAGCGAGUUCGAGCCCUUCGAGACGCAGCUCGCCUUCAAGCUGCCCGCCACCAGGGCCUGCAAGAAGCUGUGGAAGUGCAGCGUAGAACACCAUAUAUUCUUCAGACGCGAGUCAGUGGUGGGCGUAUGUCGCGUGGCAGGAUUGCCCGCGUUUGGCACUCGCCGGGUAUCGUGUCGUCGCACGUUACGUCAACUGCGGGCAAAUACCACACAGCCGGUCAGUGCCGCUGCCUGACCCACACCCGUCCCGUGUCGUCUUUCGGCAGAUUACUUGUCGUGUCGUCUAACGGCAGAUUACUUGUCGUGUCGUCGCACGGCACGUCACUGUAGGCACAGACCGCCUUUAGUCAUCCGGGGCCGCUGCCUAACCGCGCCCAAUCCCGUCUCCUCUCACGGCAGGUCACUUGUCGUGUCGUCGCACGGCACGUUACUUGUCGUGUCGUCGCACGGCACGUCACUUGUCGUGACGUCGCUCGGCACAUCACUUGUCGUGUCGUCGCUCGGCACAUCACUUGUCGUGUCGUCGCACGGCACGUCACUUGUCGUGUCGUCGCACGGCACGUCACUUGUCGUUACGUCGCACGGCACGUCACUUGUCGUUACGUCGCACGGCACGUCACUUGUCGUGUCGUCGCACGGCACGUCACUUGUCGUUACGUCGUACGGCACUUCACUUGUCGUGUCGUCGCACGGCACGUCACUUGUCGUUACGUCGCACGGCACGUCACUUGUCGUGUCGUCGCACGGCACGUCACUUGUCGAGUCGUCGCACGGCACGUCAUUUGUCGAGUCGUCGCACGGCACGUCACUUGUCGUUACGUCGUACGGCACGUCACUUGUCGUGUCGUCGCACGGCACGUCACUUGUCGUGUCGUCGCACGGCACGUCACUGAGUGCACACACCGCCGCCAUACAGCCCCGGAGCCGUUGCCUGACUGCACGAAUUCAGAAACUACAGUCACAGAUGCUAUAUUAUAUAUUGACCCAAAUACUUAUAAAGAAGAUUAGAAACCAUUACAUUAUUUAAUAUUAAUUAUUAGAAAUAAACGAUCUGAACAGAUUGUGUGGACUUUUCUUUAUUUCUUUGCUUUUCGCACUGGAAGAUUUCACCGAAAAUAAUCAGAAUACAUAAAUAACAUAUUCACUAAAGCAAGCAGUAAAGUCUAUUCGAGGAUUCCGGGACAGUAAGGUCUAAUUACUGGACACGGGAAAAGAUGCAAAGAAAGACGAUCCGGGACAGUCCCGGAUUUCCCAGCCAUCUAGCAAGCCUACAACAACACAACACGACAGAUAAGUAUAGUUCUGCCUUAUCCAUAUAGAUGCACGUUAUUGAAACUGGCCAAUCGCACAAAUGAUAACAAACAAAAGAUAAAAAUUGUGUGUUUACACUCUAAAAACGAUUGUCUUUGAACAGACACAAAACAAAAUCAAGUCCGAAGAAAUCGGUUACAAGUAGAGAUACCUCAGGAAUCGUCCCAUGGUUUCGACUACCAUAGGUUCCAUGUCACACAUUUUAUCAUCUAACAUCAGCGAUAUUCAUCAUAUAUUUUAUUAUGUAUUUCUGGAAACACACAAUUUUAAAAUCAUCAUUUUGUAAAUAUGUAUUAUAAUAGGGGUGAUGACGGGGUACAGUAAACGAAAUUCUAUUUAGUCCGUCAGUUAGAUGAUCAAAAAAUAAUGGACACGUAUUUUUUCUUUGGGCAAUCAACCAAAAAAUGACAGUUAUAGCGCGUCAAAAUUUGGGAGUAGGGGCUCGUGACGUCACUUUUGAGUGAAUUUUCACUUAUAAGUGUACUCAAACGUGACGUCAUGCGACUUUUCAAAUCAAUAUAUCUCUGCAAUGUUUAUAUUAUGUGAAAAAAGAAAAAAUACGUGUCCAAUACUUCUUGAUAAUCUACCUGAUAAACGAAGAAAAAAAAAUUAGUCAUCAUCCCUAUUCCAUCUGUACUGAAAAUCACUAUUCCAGAGUGCUGGAUACUUACCGGCAUUUCUCUAUAUUCUGUUAUUUAUUGGUUUUCAUUAAUUUUGCUCCGAUUUUAUCUAUUUUUAGUUUAUUUAUUUUAUUGACAUUUGUGACAAUUUAAUGUUUUUUAUCCGUUGCCAUGGCUAAAAGUGAAAGGUGCGCAGAUGAGGUUGCGCACAAAAACGUAACGAGGUCAUUAAUGUCAUUCAUCGAUAGAUUUUACUACUCACAUUUUUCUCAUACCGGGCCCCUUAUAUAUGCAAAUCGAUUCUUAAGGAGUAAACUCCAAAAACUUUGGGGUCCUAGCGCUAUGAGGUUUUUUAAGGAAAUAUCAAAAAGGUUAGUCGACAUCACUGGAGACCGAAGAGCUGGCAGCUACCUCGGACAUCGCAUUAGUCUAGCUAUUCAAAGGGGGAACGCUGCCAGUAUCUUCGGAACCUUGCCUAAAGGGACUCCUUUUAGUAAUAUAUUUUAGUUAUUAUAUUAUAUUUUUUAAGGUUUGUAGUUUAAGGUUCAAUGUUUCUGUAUAUAUAAAUAUAUACUUAUAUUCCUCCUCCUUGAGUCGCAUUCCUCAUUACUGAAGGUCGUGACCUCCCUUCUGUCUCUGUUUCUGAUUGCAUAAGGGGGGUUUUCAUGGGAAGUUAAGCGCGGUGGGUUCCCAACGUCCUUCCGCCGUUAGUCUUUUAGAGGGUAUUAAGGUCCUCAUGGUCACUGGUUACCGCCCUGUGAACGCUAGGUCCUCUCAGGGUUGUCGGGUUUAUUUACCGCCGCCCCAUACUCGGCGUUGACAGUUUUACGGCAUGGGUAAUUCUCCACACCAACCCUCCUCCUUUCUCAUUCGGGCUUGGGACCGACAACGGCGGAGUUACUUAUCUAUAUACUUACUUAUAAUAAAUCUGUAGAGAGGUCAAUUCUGUACAUGAAAUAUAUAUUCAAAAUAACUAUCAGGGCGUGAUUAGUGAUCGAUACUGAUGCCAAAAAUGCAAUCAGUAAAAUUUUUGUCUGUCUGUCUGUCUGUCUGUGUGUAUGUUCCUUAUAGAAACAAAAACUACUCAACGGAUUUUAACGAAACUUGGUACAAUUAUUCUUCAUACUCCUGGGCAGGUUAUAGUAUACUUUUCAUCACGCUACAAUCAAUAAGAGCAGAGUAGUGAAGGGAAAUGUUGGGAAAACGGGAGAAGUUACUCCAUUUUUUAGA